GGAACUUUGAAGUGGGUGUUCACAUCGCGGACGUGAGCUACUUCGUCAAGGAAGAAACAGCACUGGACAAAAUGGCCAGCGAACGGGCAACUAGUGUCUAUCUAGUGCAAAAGGUGAUCCCGAUGCUUCCCAAGCUGCUCUGUGAGGAGUUGUGCAGUCUCAAUCCCAUGCGAGAUAGGCUGACGUUCUCAGUGAUAUGGAAGGUGACCCCAGAAGGCAAGAUCCUUGAUGAGUGGUUUGGACGGACAGUCAUCUGCUCCUGUGCGAAGCUAAGCUACGACCACGCGCAGAGCAUGAUUGAAAGCCCUGGGAAGGUGUUCUUGCCUGAAGAGCUGCCUCCUGUUUCCCCUCAGCAUUCAAUAGAUGAGAUUCACCAAGCUGUGCUCAGUUUGCACCGAAUCGCCAAACACCUCCGCAAGCAGCGUUUCGUCGAUGGAGCUCUGCGCUUAGACCAG